AUGUACGCCAAAAUCACAUGCGACCCGCCGCUAGGCCAAGCGUCCCAGAUCGCCCGCUCUCGCGGGAGUGUACGCUUCACAGUCCUCUUAGAGACUUCGACGCCUUCCCUUCUCGAAGAUGCGGACGAGCAGCCCGCCAUAUGCCUGUGGCACAAUCACCGUGGCGUUUACGACUGGAGCGAACUUACACUGGAACCAACGAAGUCGAUGCACGAAGUCCUUUUGCUCAAUAGACCCAAUGAUAGGAGCCUUACGAGAAGCUGGUUCACGGCUGAGCUGCCCGGCUUACCAAAGAAUGCGCAGAUCGUCAGCUUCACUGUCAAGUUCCGACUGUCCACAGCUAAGGGCUGGCGAUGGGUCAAGGACUCAACUGGAACCGAAGAUGGCGAACUCCACUACCAUGGAUCCAGUAGUCUGAACUUGCGGGCGUCGUCAAAGCUUGCCCUGACUGAAUUUUUUGACAACAUGAGUCCCGACAUCAAAAUCAAGAAUGAACAACCAGACACAGACGACACUCUAUUGUAUUCGCUGACGUGCCCUGUUCAAGGCGCAAGUGAUCCGGAUAGCGGCUACCAGCACCAUCGUUUGGGAACUCCCCGGCACAGCUCCAGAUGGUUCGCACUUAUCCGGCUCUGGAGUCCUUGGCUUGCACCAAGGCAGGGUCAGGGCAACCUUCGGCUAGACAAGGAUGCAGUUCUACUUUCGUUCUUGCGUGACGAUGGGCUACAUGUGGUUUGCUUGGCUAUUAGUGGCGUUGAGGAUGUUACGACGACGUUUCCAAGUCAUGCUGAAGGCGAAGUCGUGAUCAGAGGUCGCAACGACCGGACGUCUACCGGAACGAGUCGGGUUCUUGUGGCUGUCGCAGAGAGCUUCGAGGUGGCCAAUGCGGCGGUCUUCUAUCAUUCUCGUAAAGUAAUGAUCACGCUAGGAGCGACCAACGCUGACGCAGAAACCAAGACGCUUAUGGACGGUGAAGUCAAGCCGGAGUGGCUGGAGGAGUGGUAUGAUGGCCUCACUUACUGCACCUGGAACGGAUUAGGCCAAGAUCUCACAUCUGACAAGAUAUACCACGCACUUGACGAGCUGUCGCAACACAACAUCAAUAUUACAAAUCUUAUCAUUGACGAUAACUGGCAGAGCCUCUCGCACGCCGAUACACAAUUCCACCGAGGCUGGUUGGACUUCGAAGCGAACAAGGAAGGCUUUCCUGACGGACUGAAGAAGACAACCUCUGAGAUCCGAACGCGACAUCCAAAUGUCAACCACAUCGCCGUUUGGCACGCCAUCUUGGGCUACUGGGGCGGCGUCUCACCAGAAGGCGGGCUCGCAAAACGGUACAGAACGAUCGAAGUGCAGAAGGAAGCGGGAGUCGCAGGCGGCAAAUUCACAGUCGUGCACCCGGACGAUGCCAAACAGAUGUAUGAUGACUUCUACCGCUUCCUCUCGUCCUCCGGAGUCGACAGCGUGAAGACAGAUGCGCAGUUCUUCCUCGACUUGCUCUUACAUGCGCCCGAUCGACGAACAAUGACAACGCAAUACCAAGACGCCUGGACUUUAGCCCAUCUCCGCCACUUUAGCAGUCGAGCCAUAAGUUGCAUGAGCCAAACUCCGGCAAUCAUGUUCCACUCCCAACUCCCACACAACAAACCUCGUCUUCUAGUGCGAAAUAGUGACGACUUCUUCCCGGAGGUGCCGGCCAGCCAUCCCUGGCACAUCUUCUGCAACGCUCACAACAGCCUCUUUACGCAGCACCUCAACGUCCUGCCGGACUGGGACAUGUUUCAGACCUCGCAUUCAUGGGCCGGGUUUCAUGCCGCGGCAAGGUGUGUGAGCGGCGGACCCAUCUACUUCACCGACGCGCCGGGUAAGCAUGAUAUAGCUCUCAUCCGGCAAAUGACCGCGCAGACUCCGAGAGGCAAGACGGUGAUACUACGCCCAAGCGUGGUAGGCCGGAGCACGGAUCCGUACAACGGAUAUGAGUCGCAAGCCUUGCUGAAGGUGGGAACGUAUUCCGGCGGUGCCAGAAAGGGCACCGGCAUUCUGGGCAUCUUCAACGUGAGUGGAACGCACCUGAGUGAGUUCGUAGGUCUCAGCGCCAUUCCGGGCACGGAAGAGGGGGAGUACAUCGUUGCUUCGUUCCAGGGGGAGAGGAUCUCCCCACCUAUGACCAGGGGUGGGCCGAGGGCGAUGGUGGGCGUAGAGCUGGAGGUGCAAGGGUGGGAUAUCCUGUCUGCAUACCCUCUUCACAGACUCGAGGUGAAGGGUGCAGCGGUGAGAGUGGCGUUGCUGGGCUUGUUAGGGAAGAUGACGGGUUGUGCUGCUAUGACCGGAUAUGAGAUCAAGGUUGAAAGCAAUGGGCGCUUGAGGAUUUGGACGAGUCUCAAGGCUCUGGGUGUCAUGGGAUUGUGGAUCGAGGAUUUGGGAAAGCGCAACAUUGAAGAGCAGUUCAUGGUGCUGAUUUUUGGGAAGCCCAUUGGUGUGGGAUGUGUGAGGGUGAGUGACAUGAGCGAGAAGGUGUUGGAGAUCGAUGUUGAGAAGGCUUGGAGGGAGAGUGGGGAGAGGGCCGGGUGGAGUAAUGAGGUUGGGAUUGAGGUAUUUAUGGGUUGA